UCAGUGUCAAAUAACUGCUGUUUACUCGUACACUUGGGCCAUUUUGUGGCCUAAAGCGUAAUGCAUGCCUCUCUCAAAUGCUAAUAAGCCAGAUCUGCAAGAACAGCAGAAGUUUGACGAGGAAGUAAAUUACAGGAAAAGAAAAUCCAGGGAAAACCUUUCUCCUCCAAAUCACAAAAGGGUUCGUCAAAACUCGGAUGAAACACCGAUGACAGAAUCUCAAAAGCGAGCCAAUUUCUCAGCGUUAUCGAGUCCUAGCAAUGGGUUAAAUAGACAUGCUUCGCCACUGGCAAACAGCAAGCCAGGGGCAGCAAAAAAACUUGUGAUAAAGAAUUUCAAAGAAAAACCAAAAUUGCCCGAAAACUUUCAACAGCAAACAUGGGAGAAGUUAAGGGAUUCGGUAGAGGCUAUUCACACAAGCCAUUCUAUCCAAUCCAGUCUGGAGGAGCUUUAUCAGGCAGUGGAAAACAUGUGCUCCCACAAGAUGUCUGCCAACCUGUACGACCAGCUCAAACAAGUGUGUGAAAACCAUGUCAAAGCCAAUAUCAAGCAGUUUCUAGAAGAGAAUAUAGGGUAUGAACAAUUUCUAAAAAUGAUGGACAGUUGCUGGAAGGAUCACUGCAGACAAAUGAUAAUGAUUCGAAGCAUUUUCUUGUAUCUGGAUCGCACAUAUGUGUUACAAACGUCCUCAAUCUUAUCCAUCUGGGACAUGGGACUGGACUUAUUUCGCUCUCAGAUUGUUGGACACCAUAUUGUACAGACACGUACUGUAGAUGGUCUACUCCAGUUGAUUCAGCGAGAACGCAAUGGCGAGGCUGUAGACAGACAACUGAUGAAGAGUUUGUUACGAAUGUUGUCAGAUCUUCAGAUUUAUCAAGAUGCCUUUGAGAAGAAAUUUAUCGAGGCCACAGACAGACUCUAUGCUGCUGAAGGACAGCGACUAAUGCAAGAAAGAGAUGUUCCAGAAUACUUGGCUUAUGUUGACAAGCGUCUAAAUGAGGAAUCUGAAAGAUUGCUACAUUAUCUGGAUCAAGCAACAAAAAAACCACUUGUGUGCUGUGUAGAAAAACAGCUACUGGAGCAACACCUAACACAGAUCCUACAGAAAGGUCUGGACCAGCUGUUGUCAGAGAACAGAAUCAUGGAACUUACACUCAUGUAUCAGCUUUUCAACCGGGUGAGAGAUGGACUCAAGGAUUUAUGUAUUGCAUUUGCUGUGUACAUCAAGUCAACAGGGCGCCUAAUUGUGAUAAACAGUGACAAUGAUACAGAAAAAGAUAAGGACAUGGUUCAAAGUCUAUUAGAUUUCAAAGACAAAACUGACAACAUCAUCAAUGUGUGUUUCAACAAAAAUGACAAAUUUGUUAAUGCAAUGAAAGAAAGUUUCGAAAACUUUGUAAAUGUUCGACAGAACAAACCAGCAGAACUUAUUGCCAAAUAUGUGGAUUCCAAGUUACGAGCCGGAAACAAGGAAGCCACAGAAGAGGAGCUGGAGAGACUUCUUGACAAGAUCAUGGUCCUCUUUAGGUUUAUACAUGGUAAAGAUGUGUUUGAGGCUUUCUACAAAAAGGACCUUGCCAAGAGGCUCCUGGUAGGAAAGAGUGCCUCAGUGGAUGCAGAGAAAUCCAUGUUAUCUAAACUCAAACAAGAAUGUGGUGCUGCCUUCACAAGUAAAUUAGAGGGAAUGUUCAAAGACAUGGAGCUGUCGAAGGACUUUAUGUUGACAUUCAAGCAGUAUAUGCAGCACAUCGAUUCACCAGGUGGUAUAGAACUGACUGUGAAUAUCCUCACAAUGGGGUACUGGCCCACUUACACUCCCAUGGAAAUACACCUACCAGUGGAGAUGAUAAAGUUUCAGGAAAUUUUCAAGAAAUUUUACCUGGGUAAACACAGUGGGAGAAAACUACAGUGGCAGCCCACACUAGGCCAUUGUGUGUUGAAGGCUUCCUUUGAAGGGGGUAAGAAGGAGCUACAAGUAUCCCUGUUCCAGACCCUCUGUCUCCUCCUCUUUAAUGAUGGAGUCAAGUUCUCUCUCGAGGCCAUCAGACAGGCCACCGCUAUUGAGGAUGGUGAACUGAGGAGGACGCUUCAGUCACUUGCAUGUGGUAAGGCCCGAGUUCUACAGAAACACCCUAAGAGUAAAGAAAUAGAAGAUGAUGAUAUGUUUAUCUAUAAUGAAGGAUUCAAACACAAACUUUGUAAAAUCAAAAUCAACCAAAUACAAAUGAAGGAAACGCAAGAAGAGAAUACGAGUACAACAGAGCGAGUAUUCCAGGACAGACAAUACCAAGUAGAUGCUGCAAUUGUUCGCAUCAUGAAGACACGGAAAACCCUCACACACAAUCUUCUAAUAUCAGAGCUCUAUAACCAGCUUAAAUUUCCAGUGAAGCCGGCAGAUUUGAAGAAAAGGAUCGAAAGUUUGAUUGACAGAGACUACAUGGAACGUGAUAAAGAUAAUCCAAAUCAGUAUCAUUAUGUUGCUUGAUUCUUAUGGACAAAUUUAGUUGGUGAUAAAACAUUUAUUUGACAGAGAUCAUUUCUGUCUUUCAAAGGCUUUGAUGACCGUGAUUAUAUCUGUCUGACAUAAACAUUGAGACAGAUUGUAUCUGCCCAAUAAAGAUAUUGUUACUGUCGUCUUUUCAGUCUGGCGAAUGUUUCAGCGAUACAUCUGCGAUUUGCAUCAUUUCAGUGCUAUUUUUGUCAUUGUGUGGAUUUCUUUUAUUCGUGUUCAUAGAACUUCUUUCAUAUUCGUGGAGCAAGAAAUUGGGAAGUUGCAGAUAAUUGGUUCUUUGUGGUAUGUGUGUUAGAACUCAACAUUAACAUUAUUUCUCGGGCCAUCCUCAGAAAGGCUGUCACCUCAUGGUCUGAACUCAUAGACAGAAAAUGUGAACCAGGAAUGUGAACCAGAUAUAUUGGAACCAGUCAAUACACUGAACUAUACAGAGUAUAAAUCGGUUGGCAAAUACCUACACUUACAUAUUAUUCAUUGUGUCAUAGACAGGGAAAAACAUGUUGACUGUGCAAGUGAUAUCACUUUUAACAAACCAUAGUUAUUUAUUACUGAAGAAGAACAUGGAUUAGGAAGUGUAGCUGGGUAUGUUUUUCCGUGCCCCAGCAGUAAGGGAAUUCACUAAAUAGGCUGAAAGAGAAAGCUAGAUAUUCUUUUUAAAGAAAGCCUCUCAUUUGGGAUUGAAAAUGAACUUAAGUGCAUAAAGUGCGACUACAAUGUUAAAAGUGAGCAUUCCAAGAUAAUUGAAUUCCUUAUUUGUAAAUCUCAUUUUCUUUCUCUGAAGUGAUAAUGUUUUGUUUAUAACUCAACAGACAUGCUGGAUGUGGUCAACAGUACUAGAUAAAUUUGAACACCUUAAAGAUUUUUUUUCUUUUUAUUUAUUUAUUUCAUUUUUUUCAGUUGAACAAUUUGCAUUGAUUUUCAUUAUUGAUGGGAUAUCUGGUGUCCAAUAAUAUCUGCAUAUCCCAAUAUCCAGUCCCCACUAAUCUGGUCAUCUCUGUCCAGUCACCAUUAACCUGGUUAUCUCUCUAUCCAGUUAUCACUAAUCUGAUCAUCUCUCUAUCCAACAACCACUUAUCUAGUUUUGCCAAUAUCCAGUCACCACUAAUAUUGUUAUCCCAAUAUCCAACCACAAUUAAUCUGGUCCUCUCUCUAUCCAGUUACAACUAACCUAGUCAUCUCUCUAUCCAGUCACUUCUCAUCUGGUUAUCUCUCUAUCCAGUCACUUCUAAUCUAGUUAUCUCUCUAUUUAGUGACCACUAAGCUGGUUAUCUCUCUAUCCAGCAACCACUAAUCUGGUUAUCUCUCUAUUAAGUGACCACUAAUCUGGUUAUCUCUCUAUUAAGUGACCACUUAUCAGGUGUUAUUGCUAUCCAGCAACUACUAAGCUGGUCAUCUCUCUAUUAAGUCACCACUAAUCUUGUUAUCUCUCUAUACAGUCACCACUAAUCUGGUUAUCUCUCUAUACAGUCACCACUAAUCUGGUUAUCUCUCUAUUAAUGACCACUAAUCUGGUUAUCUCUCUAUACCGUCACCACUAAUCUGGUUAUCUCUCUAUACAGUCACCACUAUUUGAUUUUCCCACUACCCUUCUACCACAAAUAUGAUCCCAUAUACAUCACACUGAUCUACCACCAACAUGUCUGUCUCCAGACUGACAAUAGAGAUAUGUAAGAAUAUGAAUGAGUAACCUGUGUUGACACGUUUAAACUGAGAUCUGUAUACUUGUCCUUGUUCUGUUUGCAAGUUCUUACUUUUGUUAUUCAAUCACAUUUGGAAUAAAUCCACUCAACACAAUAAUCUGUCUUUGGUCAUGAUAACUGGAUAGAAAUAUUAACGCUGAUUUGGUUAAAACCCUUAUUUAACUUCCUUUGUGUGUGUUCCAUACAUGUAAUAUAAUACUGUAUGUGUACAUUUUUCAGCACAAAAAAUGUUGUGGUUUCCAAGCGCAAAAUUUGAAUAUCAAUGUUUUCUUAGUAUGUUGUGUUAAAUGGCACAUAUCCCAAAAUUGAAAUAGCAUUUCUUCUGAACUCUUAACAUCUUGAACGUUUGUGAUGUCAUAUUUAUUAAUUCAUUAUAGAUAAAUUUUAAUAGCAUACCUGCCUGGUUCAAGUGGCUGGCCUCAACCACUUCCCUUGUCAUAUAUACUUUUUCAAUCAACAACUUUUGAUGAUACACCAAAAUGUUAAUGUUCUGUUGGAUAGCUAGCCAUUUACAUUUUGUGUAUUGUAAAUUAUAUUAAAGCAAGGAUAUUGUCUUACUAAAUGCCAAGCUCAAAAAUUAAACCAUCUCUUACUUUAGAUUUAAUGAGAUUAUUUGCUGAUGAUUUCCUGGACAUCUACAUGAUUUUUUUGAUAUAAUUACAUUUCUACGUUUCUAUAGUCUUCAUGAUUCAAUAUGUAUUGAACUGCAUUGUGAAAAUGGACUGUUUUUCUCAUUGAUCAUUAUGUGAUAUGCAGGGAUUAUUGCACACUUAGGUCUAUAUUACACGGGCCAUAUACACAUAAUUGUAAUCAGUGGUACCUGCAGUAGAACUUUUUGUUUUUAUUGCACAAUUUCUGUGACAUACAAAUAUGAUAUUUGUGUUAAGUACAUGUACAAUAUGUAUGUAAAGUGAAAGUACAAUACAGUAUUUAUGUAAAGUGGAAGUACAAUAUAGUAUGUAUGUAAAAUGAAAGUGGAGAGAAUGUCUGAUGUAAGGGUGUCCUGGCCAGUUGUUUUGUAUCUAAAUUGACCUAUAAGUGACGAAACGGACAACUUUCCGCUCUACAGAUUUCAAUGUUGACUUUAGGUGGACAUUACUGUAAAUAUUAUUUUGAGGAGUUCGUAUUGUCCUUGUCUUGAAGAUGGAAUAAAAACAAUAGACACAUUGAAAAUAAAUUUAGUAAAGUAAACAUAGUCUGUUCAAUGGUAAUGAAAAGUAUAUCUUUUUAUGGCUUCAAAAUUUGUGAAUUAAAUGAAUUAGAAACCAACAUAGAUAAAUAUUUGUUUAAUUUUUAGCAAUGGGAAAAUUAAGCUGUUUUCACAAGAGUUCAGGAAUUUUGGUAUUAUGUUGAAAGUGUGUUUAUAAUCCUCUAUAUAAACAUUUUUGAUAUGACUUGAAUUUGGUUCUGUUGAAUGAUAGCCAAAUUAGUGCUACUAAAAUACAGUGCUAGAUAUUACUCUGGUUUUACUGAAAAUAUUUAGAAUAGAUUGUUGUGCUUUGUUGUUGUUCUAAAAACAUGAUAAAAGAAGUUUAAAUAUUUUUGGUUAGUUUUGACAAGUUAUAUUUUUCGUCCUAAUGUGCUCUCACCAUUUUGUGGUAGAGGAUAAUGAAUUACAAAAUUUAUGACAAGGCAAAAUUGAGUCUUAGAGGUUAUGAAUGUCAAAAGUGUAUGUGAGGAGUGGCUAUUUACCAAUUGUCAUCUAGUGAGUAAAAUUUGUACAUAUCAGAUUUCAACAAUCUAUUGAGGUUUUCUUUGGGUGAUGCAAAAGAAGAAAUGAUUUGUAUAUAGACUAAACAUUCAAGUAAACACUUGAAGGGGCAAGUUCCUUUAAAAUAUUUCAUCAACUCUCCAACUGCAUUAAGUUUGCUUUCCUCUAAGAAGUCUUUGAUAGUGUUAAGGGAGGUAAUUUUAGCUACCAGGCAGGUCAACUUGUUUUGAUUAAUGUCUUUCAUUUGUUUUCCAUCUGUUUCUCACAAAUGUUUUAGGAAAAGGUUGAAAGCUAGUUCCUUUGCAAUGUUAACUACUAAGGGAUAGAGUUAACCAUUUUAUGAAGUCAACAAUACCAGGUAAACUUUAGGUCACUUGCCUGUAGACACAUGUCUUAGCUGCCCAUAGACUUUGUGUCUGAUUUACCCAUAGACACAGUGUCCGAGCUGUCCAUGUACACAGUAUCCAAGAUGUAUCUAUGGACAGCUCACGCUGAAGUUCUAAAUAGGUUACUUUCUCAGAAAAGGUAUUGACUUAAAAUUUUAGCAAAAUCUUCAUUAAUGAAUUACUAGUAAGUGGUGUUUUAACUUUCAGUAUCAGUGAUGAUCCUGCAGGCCUGAUAUAUUUCUAAUAUUUAUAGGUUUACUGUCAGGUGUGAGAAAGAAUACUAGCUUGCUGGUGUUCUGUGCUAAGUGAUAUUUUCAGGAAUUGUAUACACACAAUACAAAAUAUUGAUCAGAAUUAAAAAUAUUAAAGUAA